UGGCAGUGACGAUUCAGUCUUGCUCACAGCCUUAUUCUGGUCAGUUCUGGCUGGAGUUACGGAAAUGAAUGGAUUUUAUUUCGGUUAACAAAAGUUUGUCACUUAAUAAACGUUUCAUUUAACGAAGACUAAUAAAAAAGUGUAAAUCACAGCGAAAAACAAUUUAACAGUUCCAGCACUUCGCAGCGGUGAAUAUAAAUAGCUGAGUAUGUAAAAACAACCGGUGUGUUUACUUGUCAGAGAUAAGGACAAAUGAUGACAGAAGCAGGAAGCUAUCGAAUGCCAUCACAAUGCAAGCGGAGAAGAAUGAUACCGACACUGAGAAAAAUGAAGCUGCCAACGACGUCACGACGACUUCUGUCGCGAAUGACGUUACGAAUUUGAAGAUCGAAGAUGGUUCAACGAGUUCGACGCCAAGUAGUCCCGGUGCUACCGAGUCGGGUAGCUUUUUAGCGAAUUUCAAAGCGUUCUCCAAAUUUGGCGAUCCAAAGAGCGACGGCAAACUGAUUACAUUAAGUCAAAGUGACAAAUGGAUGAAGCAAGCGAAGGUGAUCGAUGGAAAGAAGAUCACCACUACGGAUACGGGAAUUUACUUCAAGAAACACAAAUCAACAAAACUCGGUCUUGAACAAUAUAAAGCGUUCCUCGACGAACUGGCCAAAAGUAAGAAAGUGGAAUUAACGGAAAUAAAAAAGAAGAUGGCCAACUGUGGACCACCUGGAGUUACUGCUUCCAGCGCAGCUGCAAAGGCAACGUCGACAGUCGACAGAUUAACCGAUGUGAGUAAAUACACCGGCUCCCAUAAGCAACGUUUCGACGAAACCGGGAAGGGUAAAGGUAUAGCAGGUCGCAAAGACAUAUCAGAUCAGUCCGGAUAUGUACAAGGCUACCAAAAUAAAGAUACGUACAACAAGGCCCAUUAGUAUUCAUCCUUCGAUGAUAGAUAUCUUUAAAGACACGCUGCUGUUGGUGAUCUGACAGAUAUCUCGAAAAAAUUUAUCCAAUAAAAUUCACACGUAUUAAAAUGGCAAUAUUGCGCUUCAUGACUUUUGCCAGAUCGCUGACAAUACGUUUGCAGCAAUCGUACUCUUACAAUACUUCCAUUCUUGAUAUUUAUGUGUACCUUUUUACGUUCAAAUUUUCCGAUACACACAACAGAUUUCGAUGAGAAUGUUAUUAUUUUUUUUAAUAGCUGACUUAUUUGAUUAAUACUAAAUCUACUUAUUUUUUGCAAUUUCUUUAUUAUUUCUAGAUAUAUUUCUUGUUGUUUUUUUUUUGUUAACAUUAUUGGUUACUAGAUGAUAGAAGAAUAAUAAUUUGGGUUUUUUAUAUUUUUAUUUAUUUUGUUUGUGGGAUUUUUGACAGAAUGUAGAGAAUAUAUAUAGCUUAAUACAUAUAAAACUUUUAAUAAGUAUAUUCACAAUCUACUUAUAUAUUUAUAUAUACAUAUAUAUAUAUAAAUCUAUAUUAUUUAUGUAAUAUAAGUAAUAAUGUUAAUAGUAUUGUGUCACAUAAUUUUUUCCACACACACACACAUCCAUAAUUUAUUAAGAAUAAAUUCUUUAAAAUUUUUGCACAAUUUAAUAAAGGGAUACAAAAGCAAAAGGGAUACAAUCAAUUUUUGAUAUAUGUUUGCAACAACUAUACAACAUAUAUAUGGCAUUUAUUAUGAACAAUUCACAAAUUAAAAUUUUCGAUUUAAGAAAAUAUAUACAAACGAUUAUUGUAUAUAAACAAGAUAUACAUAAAUCUUUUUACUUGAAAAACUAGUCAUGUUUAAUUCUCUUAAUUGUACCUAUAUACAUAUACAUAUAUAUUGAUUAUUAAUUUUAUUUAUAUAGAAAAUAAUAUACUUACUUGUCUUUCGAUGAAAUGUAAUAAAUAUAAGCACAAAUUGUCUGCUACACAAGAUAAUAUUGAUCAAAAACAUUGAUAUAUAUGUAUACAUGUAAGUAGCGGUAAAAAGAUAUUUAAUGUAUAAUUGGACAAAUUAUUUUCUAUCAUAUGUAUGUAUAAAAAAUAAUAUUUUUCUGCAUAUUAAAUAUUAAUUACAUAUAUUGAAACAUCUUGUUCUCCAACAAUACAUAACAAAUUAUACACAAACAUACAUGGAGUGUACGAUGUUAAGUUUUUUAACACCGUUACUUUUUUAAAUAUAAUAUCUAUACAUAAUUAAUUGUAAAUGAAGUGUACUUACUGUAUCCUUACCGAUGCAUUUGAGCUUGUGGCACAUACACAUUUAAGACCAAAUUUUGUAAUCUAAAUCUUAUACAAUUAGAUGUUCGGCGCGUUAAUUAUACACUAUCGAACUUUGUUUCGCUAAUAAUUUUCGCGUACGUAAUACAUAUAUAAGAAUUGCAGUCGCAAUUUCCUGUUUUCUGUCCUUUCUUUAUUAUAUUUCCUAUUCUUUAAUUUAGCUGUAUUUUUCUAAACUUUUCCCUAUGCUGCUUUUGCAGGACUUCCAUUUACCACACCAUUAAUUAUUACGUUAGAGUAAAAAAAAUAACUUGCGUAUUAAUGAUUUCAUCUGUCAACAUCAUAAACAUAUAUGUCAAAUUACAAUUAAUAUUAUAAAAUUAUAACAAUUUUUUUAUUAUUGUAAUGAUAAUUAAAAAAUUUCUUUUUUACGAUGCUGAUUGGUUAUCUCAACACUACGCUGUGUAUUACUUUAUAUUAAUAAAAGCUUAUCAUACCUAAGUGACGUUUAACAAAUCAAAUAUUAAGUAUAUAUGUGUAAUUUUAAUUUAUUUGAUUUUGAAAAAAUGAGGUUAAUAUUAAUUAAUUAAUUAAGUAAUUAUACAUACAUAUCCACAAAAUAAAUGGCGCUUCCGUAACGCUUAUAGUAUUCUAGCAAUAAAAAAAAAAUGCGCAAAUUAUGUCCUCAAUUAUAUUAUCUUCUAUUGUGGCAAAUCGAUUUAAUUUUCGAUUUUUAUGUAUAAAAAAUCAAAAAUAAAAAAUUUUAUACAUUA